AUGGAAAGGAAAGCAAAGUACGGAUGGGCGGCGGCCGUUGUCUGCUUCCUGGUCCUGAUGGUUGUUACUCCCGCCAUCCCGCAGUCCCAAGAGUACCACCAAUUCGCGGAUCAACGCCGGCUGUUCUUAGGUGAUCGCGAGGGAGAUGAUUCGUGUUCCCGCGUCAAUAUAUUAAGUUUUUAUCGUGUUUUUAGAGUCUGAAUGCGGAGGGGCCGGCGUUCGGUCUCUUCGUGUUGAUCUGCAGCUCCUAUGUGCUCGAUUUUCGUAGAAAUUGGGAUCACUUAUUCAAUUCAUCGCGCGCGGCAAUGCAACAGCUGCGAAAUUUUCUUCGAUUGCGUGGUUUUGGAAGCCAGGUUUUGUUGACUUCUCUCCCCCCCUUUCUCUUGUCACAGGAAUACCUAACACCUUGAACGUGAUUUCAAAUUUUCCGUUCCUCGUGGUCGGGAUUAUCGGGCUUAUUCUAUGCUAUCACGGUAACUACUUCAUUUUAAGGUAAUCUUCGAUGUAUCUCCUUUUCGAUUGAAGGCCGCGACCUAGAACGCCGUUGUGAGUUUCCUAUUUUGGUUGCUCGUUGCCUUUGAUCUCCGGUUAGCUUGGAAGGUGAAAUCUGGGGCUGGACGUGUUUCUUCCUCGGAGUUGCGGCCGUGGCGUUCGGUUCUUCCUACUAUCAUCUCGAUCCAGACGAUGCAACUCUUGUUUGGGACCGUCUGCCUGUAAGCUUCUUCCCUUCACGAGUACGCCGAGCUUUUCUGCUGCUACUCUAAUCCGGUUGCAGAUUUUCCAUAAUGUUCAGUGUUGACAUCGUAAUUAACUUAUUAUCAAUCCGGUUGCAGAUUUUCCACAUGCAACCCAUCACGGAGCCCUUUGGAAAAACUAUAAGCUCGAUCUUUUUUCAGGAAUUACCUUUGUCCUUUGACUAGUAUCAAAAAUAGUCAAGCAUUGAUUCCAUUACUCAGAAAACUGACGCUAAGAUACAGUUUAGACUGUAGAGUAAGAUUCACGUAGAUAUGAAUAACUUGUAGCCGAGUUUAGUUCCACUGAAUCGAUAAGAAUGAAUACUCUCAUAGUAUUUCUCUCGAUAAGAAUGAAUACUCUCAUAGUAUUUCUCCAAGCUUCUAAUUAUUGUCUCUGGUGUCAUUCGCCAAUACGUCAAUCCCCAUCAGAUUGAUGCAUCUUCAAUCUCCAAGAGAAAAAAACUGUUGCAUGGUGCCAUUUUCCUCAAAAAUACUCUAUUUUGCUUUUUAAAAAAAUUAUACGGUGAUAUUCUUAUCCUGAGCCAAUUAUAUUUUAUUCGUUUCUGCUUCUACGUUUAUCAUCGAUAUCAAUAAACUCUCAAAUCUCAGAACAUCGAGAUUCUCAAUCCUAAAACUGUCCGAAUUACUGUCUUAAAAAAGUGUCCAGAAUUUACAGGCUAGAUGCAGAUGGAUAUGAUUUGGCUCCCUCUAUUUCAUUCUUCCUGAAUGCGACCGAAUAACAUGGACAAUUCUAUGAACACUGCUAGCCUUUUUUUUUUCCCCCAAUGAACAAGGUGGCAUCAAUCACUUCACAUCAAGUCUGCAAUGCAUUGUUCCAAUUAGGCAUGGGUAUACGUAUAUACCCAUUAAAACCCUCUGAUUGAUUGUUUGUUUAUCCAUUAAAUCUACCAAUUCUGGGAAUUUUCUAUUCUGGUCCACAGAGAUCUGUUUCGUGUUUAUACCAAUCUAGGUGAAAAUAUUGGCUAUUUUCUUUAUGAAUUUCGUAGUGGCCUAUGCUAUAUUAUCCACACAUAGUUCCUCAAGAACUUUAAGAAGCCUUUGAGGAAGAAUCAUGCAUUCUAUGGGAGCCAGGGAUUCGCCGCCCUACUAUUUAAAGUACCAUAAGCAAUCAAAAAAGUUUUGGUUAUGGAAACCGAGAAAGCUUUUCAUGUGCGAGAAAGCUUAUUUAACAGCUGACGGCUGCGCUUCAUAUGAUCUUCAGACUGAGAGUUGCUUCAGAUGGCAGUUCAUUCCAGGCCUUUUCAGUCUCACGGAAAGCAAGGAACAAAAAUAAUGCAACUCACGCAUUGGAAUAAUAUAUGGUGCUGUUGACAUUUUGCCCUGUGAUCAGAGUUGACUUUGCUCUGUCUUGCUUUAUUUAGCAUAUCAUCAGCAAUGGAAUAAGUAAUUAAGAUAUUUUGCUUCCAAUUAUUGAAUGAGGGAAGGGAGAAGAAAUCUGGUUCACCAGGACAGAGCACCCUUUUUACUAUCCACAGCGCCUAUGAUCUUAUUAGAUAGCGCUGCUGAUAUUUUGCCUCGUGAUCAAAGUUGACUUUUCUCUGUCUUGCUUUAUUUAGCAUAUCUGGAAUAAAUAAAUAAAAUAUUUUGCUUCCAAUUAUUUAAGGAGGGAAGGGAGAAGAAAUCUGGCUCACACAUGACAGGGCACUCUUUUUAUUAACCACAGCGCUUAUGAUCUUUUUAGAUGACAAUUGCAUUCACCUCCAUCGUCGCCAUCUUCAUCAUCGAAAGGGUCAACGAGACGACCGGAACCACAUCUAUCCUGCCUCUUGUUGCAGCGGGCGCCGUGAGCAUCUUAUACUGGAGGCAAGAACAUCCAUCACCUCAUCUUAUACUGCAACUUAGCCGCCUGAAACCUCUCUGUUCAUCAUGUUCACGAGAUCCGACGGCCUCUUCACAGGCUCUUCGACGACCUUCGUCCCUACGCAGUGGUUCAGUUCGUACCCUGCAUCGCAAUACCCGCCAUGGCAAUUUUGAUGCCCCCCGCUUACACCCAUUCGUCUUACUGGCUCUGGGCAGCAGGUUGACUAUUUCUUCUUUUGACUUUUCUUGGGUGUGAAGAACAUUUCGCGGGUGAGCGAAAGAUCAAGGGUUUUUUUUUCUUCUUUAAUGGGCAGGGUUUUAUCUGCUGGCUAAGGUGUUGGAGGCUGAGGACGUAGUGGUGUACAGGUGGACUGGCCACGUCAUCAGUGGGCACACCCUGAAGCACCUCAGCGCCGCAAUGGUGCCCGUCUUCUUGACCUUGAUGCUGGCAAAGAGGAGCGUCGAGCCCGACAGGUACGACGGCGGCGGUCCUCCACCAUCUUCUCUCCUCAUCCUCCAUAAGUCAACCCUCUUCCCGUCCACCCUGUGCAGGACGACGACCUUGCUGGACAAGUGGCGCCUCUCGUGGGUGAGGGUAAGCGAGAGGGGAUUCUUCAAGGCCGAGCGUCUCGACUGCGAGUACGCCGUCGUCUCCGGCAGGGAGGGGUGA